AUAUAAAGCUGGAUGAGGUCAGAGAAACAGAAAGGGGAAGGAAGUACAAUUCUGCAUCUUCUCGCUCAGAACGGAAGAGAAAGACUGUACUGUUUGUCAUAGACUUUGGUCUCAUAUUUCAGUAAAAUGUUCAGCAUGUGUGUCGUUCUGCUCUUCUUUUCCAGCAUCUCUACAGCUGUUGUUGGUGCUCCAGAAACAGUCAGAGGACACAGAGGAGAGAGAGUUGACAUCAGAUGCAGCUAUGAAUCUGGGUAUGAGUCAAAUUCAAAGUAUUUUUGUAAAGGAAGGUGUAUCUUUGGAUUUAAAGACAUCAUUAUUAAAUCAGGAUCUCCAGCUGAAGACGAGAGAUUCUCUCUGACUGAUGACACGACGGCCAGAGUUUUCAUCGUCAGCAUCACUGACCUGAGAACAGAGGAUACAGGACGAUACUGGUGUGGUGUGGAGAGGACUGUAACUGUUUUUUCUUUAAGUGAUGUCUAUUCAGAGAUUGUGUUGCAGGUUAAAGAGGAUAAGGAGACCACAGAGGUUUCAACAAUCAGCUCUUUUUCAAACACAGCGUCAUAUUUCAGCACAACAGACACAAAUCCACGAUCCAGCAGCAUCACGAUCACAGAAAGAAAAGAAACAAUCACAGAUCAGCACACAUCAGCAGGUCAGUUCAUCUGUCUGUCACUGCAUAUGACUGUUGACUGUUUAAAUAGUGAGCUUAUAAAUAUACAGUACUUAAAUACAUCUAUUAGCUGACUAUUUUGAGAUUAGAUGCGUUUUUAAUGUCUUUCUGUGCAUGCAGGGUCUGAAAUCUACAUCUGUGUUGAAGAAUGAUGGGUUAGUCUCCAGAUAUUUGCUUCUUUGGUGUUAUAGUGUACUUUAAGUUGCUUUGGAU